AAUUAUUUAAUUAAAAUUUUCUGAAUAUUACUUACAACGAAAUCACCCGCCAGAGGGAGCAGAAGUUAAAAGUUGAAUUGUCCAAUGGCACUUCGCUAGGUUGUUUUGCCGUAACGUUUUCGUUUUUAGAUUCCGAGUUGGUCUAAUUUUAAACAACUUCGGUGACAUUUUGAGAAAUCUGUCGUUUAAAUUACAAGAAAUGUUUUAAUGAUCGACGUAAAUAAGUGUGAAUUAUAUCGUGAGUUUGGUUUUUAUGACAUUUAAAGUGUUAGGCCUAAGACUGCUUUUACCCGCCAUUUUAAAUAAACGAAAACAGUUAUAAGAUCAUGUCGGUGGAAUUUGAAAGUGUGGAAGGCAACGUGUCUUCAGAAGAUGAAUCGGGUGGAAAUGAAAUGAUAGAAAAGAAAGAAUCAUUAAGUCCAAAAAAGGAAGAGAAACCAUUAAAAGAAAAUAAUAAGAAGUCAUCCAUUAAAAAACAGAAAACUGAUGAUGAAGAUGAUAAUACAAAUGAUGAUGAGGAAGAUGACAAUGAUAAUGAGGAUGCAUCAGAUAAAAAUGCAGCUGAUAAAAGUGAAGAGGAGGAGGAAGAAGAAAAAGAUGAAGAACCAAAAUUGGGACUUUUAGAUCAACCUGUAGAGAUAUCUGGUUCUAGAGAGAGGAAAAAAGUACAACGUUUAGAAGUCAGCUUCACCACUCCUUCUAAAGAAAAGCAUGAAAUUCCAGAAGGAAAUGGUGAAAAAUUAGGAGAUUGUCCAAGAAUUGAAUAUCAAAUUCAAAAAAGUAAAGUAGAAGAAUUAAAAAUAUUACACAGAAUUCUUUUCAACAGACCUGGUUCAGGAAUUGAAAUUAGGAAGAACUUGAGAAGGUUUAAUGGGUUUCCUUUUACGAAAGAAUCUUCGGAAUUUGAGAAGAAGAAAAAUAAUCUUGACAAAUUAACUCUUCCUGUAUUAAAGCGUGUUUGUGACAUCCUUGAUUUAGAAAGAUCUGGUACAAAAGAAGAUAUAGUAAGCAGAAUUUCAGAAUUUUUACUAUAUCCAAAAGCUUCGGGGAAGAGUGUACCCAAAACUAAAAAAAAAUCUUCAUCAAAGGGAGAAAAGAAGAAACCAAAAUCAGAGAAAGAUAAAUCUGAUAAGAAAAAGAUCUCCAAAAAGAAAGAAGAUUCAUCAAGUGAAGAAAAAGAAGACACCAAUGAUUUUUCUGAGGAAGAAAAUGAAGAUGAUUAUGAUGCCAAUGAUGAUGAAGAUUAUGAAGAUGAGCCAAAACAGAAAAAGAGUAGCAAAGAUAAUCAAGCAAAGAAAAAAAAAGAAUCAAAAUCUAAAAAGUCAGAAGAAAAGAAAAGUUCAAAAUCUUCAAAAAAAUCAAAGAGAGCAGCAAAUUCAGAAGAAGAAUCUGAUGACGAGCCACUGGUUAAAAAAGCAAAGUCGCCUCCGUCGGAUGAAGAAAUAAAACAGUUGGUGAAACAAAUACUUGAUGGUGCAAAUUUAGAAGAAAUUACAAUGAAAAAAGUUAUUAAGCAGGUUUUCGAUGAAUAUCCAGAAUUCGAUCUGGGCGACAAGAAGAGUUUUAUUAAAGUUACGGUCAGAUCGUUGAUCUCUUGAGAAAAAUUAUCAUCAUUUUUUUUCAUCCCAUUUCCACUUGUUAAAACUUAUUUACCAGCAUUAAUGGAACUUUAAAAAAGUCAAUGUUGGAAUCAUUGUGUUCUAUCACUAUUACGGUCAAGAAGUAUCAACAUGUAUCAACUCAGAUUAUUUCUUGAAUUGGGGAAAAAGUGAAGGACGUCGCGUAUCGUGGAAAUGGCAACAAACAUUAAAAUCAUGUAACUGUACAAAAUUCUUUAAAAAGAAAAAAAGAUUUUAAAAAAACACUUUUUGUGCCCAUGUCGCCAGCACAAAACCCGUCAAAUUACCUUCUCGGUACCCAUGCAAGUUAACGAGGAAUUUUAACGAAAUUUUACGGAUAACCCAGUAUUCUAAAACACGAAAACGAAUUAAUUAUUCGGUCAUUUGUUCGUGCUGCUUUUUUUAAAAAAAUGAAAAAAAUAAAUAUAUAUGUAUUUAUUGUUGUUAUGUCUUAAUAAAAAUGAAUUAUUUAAUUGCGGUGUUUGAAGGUAUCCAGAAAUUUAUUUACAAAAAUUAUUUUUACCGGAUUUUAUCAUGGAAUUCUUAAUUUAUUAAUUAAUACUUCUAGUUUUGAGCUUCGUUCUCGUAAUUUAAUUUUUUUUAAUUAUAGUAAUUAGUAUUUUUAAAUUUAGACAGUCGAAAGCGAGCUCAUUUUGUGCUGGUGACAUUUUAAUACACCACGCUUGAAUUGUUUUAUA